UGGGAUAUCUAGAUUCCAGCAUUCGCCCAAAGCGGCCGAGUCCAGCCUGUGUGUCAGCAGGGACAGCGUCUGGGCAGAAUGGGGGCGUGGAAAGGAUUAAAGCCCCUUCUGAAAUGUCUCCAAUGGCCCUUCUCCCCCGACAGGCUGUAGAGCACCCAUGUCUGUCUCCAGCUCAGCCCCGGGCCUGCAGAGCCAGGGACAAGAAAUGGCCGUGGCGGGGCUAGUGACCUUCGAGGAAGUGGCUGUGUAUUUCUCUGAGGAGGAAUGGGCUCUGCUUGACCCAGGCCAGAGAGCCCUCUACUGGGAUGUGAUGCAGGAGAAUUACAAGGCCGUGAGCUGGCUGGGAUUUCCAGUCUCCAAAGCUCAUGCGAUCUCCUGGGUGGAGCGUGGGGAGGAGCUGCGGAUCCCGGAUCUCCAGGGCUCUGAGGAAGGGGGGCUCGGCAGCAACACCCACACAGGUGAGCAAUCAGCUAAACUGACUCAAUUUCUGUGUCCUCAUAGCAGGUGUCACUUCUGCAUUUUCAUCAAGUCUAACUGCACAGAGACUGACUCCUGUCUGGAUUCUCUCUCUCUCCCAGCAGGUGAUGGGACGCUGCGUGAGAACAAUGAGGAGAGAGGAAGGGAGCACGUGGCUCCAUGUGGGAUGUUACCAGGAAGAUCUGAAGAGCAUGUUUAUGGGAGUCCUGUGCUGGGAGAGACCUGGCAGAGUCAGCGUAGCCCAGAGCGGCAGCAGGGAAACCAUGCAAGGGAGGGACAGCGUAAAACCAGUCACAGGAGCAGAGGGGUGAAAAGAAACAGAGAAACCGCCAUUCAACAGAAAAUCCCCCAUCAAUUCGCACCCUGCACUUGCAGUGAGUGUGGGAAAAGUUUCCAAUGUAGACGGGUCCGCAUUUCACACCAGAGAAUCCACACAAGCAAGCAACCCUUUGACUUGUCUGACUGUGGGAAUAACUUCAGUCAGGGACUGCAUCCAACUGACAAAAUCUGUGACUGCCCUGACUGUGAGAAAAGCGUGCUAUGCCAAUCAGGUGUUACUGAACACCAGAGAAACCACAAGGUAGCAAACCUAUUCAAGUGCUCUGACUGUGGGAAAAGCUUCAACCGGCGCUCAAAUCUUCUUGAUCAUCAGAGAAUCCACACAGGGGAGAAACCCUUCCUCUGCUCUGAGUGUGGGAAAAGCUUCCGUCGGCACUCAUACCUUAUUAAGCAUCAGAUAUUACACACACGAGAGGCACCCUUUAAUUGUUCUGACUGCGGGAAAAGCUUCAGUGGGAACUCAGACCUUGUUAGACACAGGAGGAUGCACACCGGUGAGAAACCCUUCCACUGCUUUGAGUGUGGGAAGAGCUUCCGUCAGCGCUCAAUUCUUAAUACACAUCAGAGAACCCACAUAGGAGAGAAACUCUUUAACUGCUCUGACUGUGGGAAAAGGUUUUGGCAGAGCUUCGAGCUUGUUAGACACAGGAAAAUUCACACAGGAGAGAAGCCCUUCAACUGCUCUGACUGUGGGAAAAACUUCAGUCGGCGCUCAUGUCUGAACAGUCAUCAUAGAACCCACACAGGAGAGAAACCCUUCAGUUGCUCUGACUGUGGAAAAAACUUCAGUCGGCGCUCAUAUCUUAAUAGUCAUCAUAGAACCCACACAGGAGAGAAACCCUUCAGUUGCUCUGACUGUGGAAAAAACUUCAGUCGGCGCUCAUAUCUUAAUAGUCAUCAUAGAACCCACACAGGAGAGAAACUCUUUAACUGUUCUCACUGCGGGAAAAGGUUUCAGCAAAGCUCCGACCUUGUUAAACACAGGAGAACUCACACAGGAGAGAAGCCCUUCAGCUGCUCUGACUGUGGAAAAUGCUUCACUGAGAAUGCAACCCUGAUUAAGCAUCAGAGAAUCCACACAGGAGAGAAACCAUUCAGCUGCUCUGACUGUGGGAAAAGCUUCCGUCAGCGCUCAAGUCUUCUUGAUCAUCAGAGAAUCCACACGGGAGAGAAACCUUUCAGCUGCACUGACUGUGGGAAAAGCUUCCAUCGGCCCUCAAAUCUUCUUGAUCAUCAGAGAACCCACAUAGGAGAGAAACCCUUCGGCUGCUCUGACUGUGGGAAAAGCUUCAGUAGGCGCUCAUACCUUAUUAAGCAUCAGAUAUUACACACACGAGAGACACCCUUUAACUGUCCUGACUGCGGGAAAAGCUUCAGUGGGAACUCAGACCUUGUUAGACACAGGAAAAUCCACACAGGAGAGAAACCCUUCAGCUGUUCUGACUGUGGGAAAAGCUUCAGUGGGAACUCAGACCUUGUUAGACACAGGAAAAUCCACACAGGAGAGAAACCCUUCAGCUGUUCUGACUGUGGGAAAAGCUUCAGUCGGCGCUCAUGUCUUAACAGUCAUCAUAGAACCCACACAGGAGAGAAACCCUUCAGCUGCUCUGACUGUGGGAAAAACUUCACUCGGCGCUCAUAUCUUCUUGCUCAUCAGAGAACCCACAUAGGAGAGAAACACAGCGCACAGUUAACCUGUGGAACUCCUUGCCAGAGGAUGUUGUGAAGACCAAGACUUUAACAGGGUUCAA